UUAGGUUGUAAGGCAUCAUAAGAAUUUUGAGCACGCACGGCCCCUCUCGCUUCGGUGAACUUAGGGUUUCCAAACUUUUCCACUAUUUCGCGAUUACCAAAACAGCAAUCGACAAUCGACAACACCGACGACCACCCACCGACGACCCCGAAUUCAGUCAAGAUGUAAGCCCAUGCUGUUGCUAUUAUUUUCGUUCCACUCAAUCGAUCAUUUAUGAUGGAUUUGAUGCUUUGCAAGCCAUUCCAAGCGAUACCGACAAUAUGACUUUAAAUACAUCCAAAAACAUCAGAAGCUGACUCAAUUUUGCACGAUAGGGUCAAUCUCACAACCCAGAAGCGCCUGGCGGCUUCCGUCGUCGGCUGCGGAAAGCGCAAGAUCUGGCUCGACCCCAACGAGACCAGCGAAAUCUCCAAUGCCAACUCCCGUCAAACCAUCCGCAAGCUCGUUUCCGAUGGACUCAUCAUCCGCAAACCAGUCACCAUGCACUCCCGCGCACGUGCUCGUGAGCUCACGGCUGCACGAAGAAUUGGUAGACACCGUGGUUUCGGUAAGAGAAAGGGUACCGCAGACGCCCGUAUGCCAAGGUACGACAUUCGCCACUCCAAUGAAAAACAUCGACAAAUCUACACAUUUGCAAGAUGAAAUAUGGGAGGGGAUUGUUAGGCUAAUAUUUGUUUAGCCAGGUUGUUUGGAUGCGCCGUCUUAGAGUCCUCAGACGUCUCUUGGUCAAGUACCGUGCCAGCGGCAAGAUCGACAAACACCUUUACCACGAACUUUACCACUUGAGCAAGGGUAACACCUUCAAGCACAAGCGUGCAUUGGUCGAACACGUAAGUAUCAUGUUAAUUCAUGUUUAUUUACAGAAAUUUUGAGACUGACAGAACACAACAGAUUCACAGAGCUAAGGCCGAGAAGGCACGUGAAAGACUCCUUAAGGAGGAGAUGGACGCCAAGCGUGCGAAGACCAAGGCCGCCCGCGAGAGAAAGGCAGAGAGAAACCAAGCCAAGAAGGCUGCCCAGUUCGGCGAGGAAGAGGAGACCGAGACAAAGUAAAGGGUUGGGCUUUUGUGGUGGUAGCAUUUGGAGUGUAUCUGGCAAGGUUUAUAAUACAGGCCAGUUGCUUUCGAUGUCAUCUGGCAUCCAGCAUUAUCGCACGGGCAAUGGUAUCAUGAUCUUUCACUCUCAAGAGUCUUUGGUGUUCAAUGGUUUUCUGCAAUUAAAACGUGUAAAGAUACCUCUUUUUCAUAUCAUGAUCACCUUGGUGAUAACUUCGAUUCAUCCAGCAUAAUGUCAUUCC